CAGGACACUGGAUCAAACGAGGAGUGGCCCUCAUUUGUGCUUUGGACUAUUAAAAUCACAAUACUUGGAAGUCAAUCAACAUUGGCAGCAGUUGACAGGCUCCUGCGCCUUUAAGCCAGCCGCUGGGGUCGAGUUGUGAAAUGAGAUCAGUCGGUAGUGCGAGGAGGGUGGCGCUUGCGUAUGAGGGUGCUUCCACUUCAACACACACUAAUGUGACAUUGGACCAUGUGAGCGCAAAGCUGAAUCCUUGACAAGCUUCUCUCUUUGGACUCACUGACUUCAUGUCAGCACACCUGCUGGAAUGUUUCGAUUCCUUUUGGAAGAAAACGAAUAAAUAAGUAAUGAGGGGUUUUACUACUUUUGAUUGAAAAAAUAAUAAUGAUAAAGAUUUUACAGGGAAUGAGUAGAUAACGAAGACAUUUUUGGAGCAGUGUCCAGGACAACUGGUAGGCGCGUCAACUUGACGCAGUUACUGGAUAGCGGUCGAGUCGUUACGUCGUUUGGUGAAUCGCUGGACGAGACCGAACAUGCUGCAGGAUGGGAACGGGAAAGAAAACCCGCCGCGUGCGCCGGUAGCCGAAGCCGAGCACGACUCGCAGUCCGGUGACGGCCAACUCCAGCCGCCGCCGCCGGCUCCCCCAGCUGCCGCUGCCGCUGCCGCCGAGGGGGCCACGCUAUUCCCUUUGCCCGGAAACACCAGACUGGACAUCAAAAGACACGCAGUCACCGACGACUAUAAAAUAUCCAGUCAGGUUCUGGGUUUGGGAAUCAAUGGCAAAGUUCUGGAGUGCUUCAACAAGAAGACCGGACAGAAGUGCGCUCUCAAGAUCCUAUAUGACAGCCCCAAAGCGAGGCGGGAGGUGGAGCUUCAUUGGAGGGUGUCGGGCGGGCCGCAUAUUGUUCGAAUCCUCAGCCUUUAUGAGAACAUGUAUCAUGGGAAGAAGUGCCUGCUCAUCAUCAUGGAGUGUAUGGAAGGAGGGGAGCUGUUCAGCCGCAUCCAAGCCAGAGGAGACCAGGCUUUCACAGAGAAAGAGGCGUCUGAAAUUAUGAGAGACAUCAGCAGGGCCAUUGAGUUCCUGCAUAGUAUUAACAUCGCUCACAGAGAUAUCAAGCCUGAGAAUCUAUUGUACACCUCAAAGCACAGAAAUGGAGUCCUGAAACUAACGGACUUCGGCUUCGCGAAGGAGACCACACAACACAACCCUCUCCAGACUCCCUGCUACACACCAUACUAUGUGGCACCCGAGGUUUUGGGGCCGGAGAAAUAUGACAAGUCAUGUGACAUGUGGUCUCUGGGAGUCAUCAUGUACAUCCUGUUGUGCGGCUUCCCUCCGUUUUAUUCCAACACGGGUCAAGCCAUUUCACCAGGGAUGAAGAAGCGAAUCAGGAUGGGUCAAUAUGAAUUUCCCAACCCAGAGUGGGCUGAUGUGUCACAUGAAGGCAAAGGUUUGAUUCACCAGCUGCUGAAGACAGACCCCAAUGAGAGAAUGACCAUCAGUCAGUUUAUGAAACACCCUUGGAUCAGCCAAUCCAUGGUGGUCCCUUCCACUCCGCUCCACACCACCCGAGUGCUGACUGAGGACAGAGAGAUGUGGGAAGAAGUGAAGGAGGAGAUGACCAGCGCUUUGGCGACCAUGCGUGUAGACUACGACCAGGUGAAAAUCAAGGACCUGGACACAUCCAGUAAUCCCCUUCUCAACAAGAGACGCAAGAAAGCUGCUGCAGGGGCCAAGGGUGGCUCUACAGUCUGCCAAAGUCAGUGAGGAUGGAGGCUCACUCGCACAAUUUAUUGAAGGGAAAAGACUUCCUUGGCACUGUUUUUAAUUGAUACGUGAAAAGAUUUGGACAAAGCGACAACACAAAGUUAUCAAAACAACAGCACAUAAAUAGCCCUGACUGUACCUUAUUCUCCCAAUGUGUUUGUAAAAGGUUUUUCGAACAUUUUUAGAUCCUGGCCCUUUGUUUGAGUGACAGUGUGCAACUAUGACUGCUGUAUGUUUCAUAUAUCUGAGGUCUGAUUUUCGAUCAUCCACCAAACAGUGACUAUCGCACACAUACAGGGGAAUCUCCAAAGUUUAAUGUCCCAGAAAGUUGUACAUUUUAGGGUUCUACCAACAUUUUUUGGAAAAGUUCAACUCAAGUUCCCUUGAUAUCAAAAGGAAUAACUCCACAAUUGUAAUUGUGUUAUACUUUUUCUUUUUCUUUUUUUUUUUUUGUGAUCAUCAAUACUAUACAAAACGCAAUAUGGUCCCGGUGAUGAGGAAAAGUGUAAGCUGAAGCAGAAACGGAACUUACUGUGCUCAGUACCUAUCUAUCCAUUUUCUACACUGCUUAUCCUUGUCAGGGUAAGCUGCAGCCUAUCCAAGCUGACGUUGGGCCCCGAUUGAACUCCAGCGGUUUGGUGAAUCAGUCUCAGGGGUGCUGCUGAGGUCAAGACGUGUGUGUAUGUGCGUGCGUGCGUGCGUAAAAGCUUUUUCACACUGCUCAUAGCAGGGCUCAAGGCGGCAUUGACAAACCCAUUCAUUGUGUAUGUGCUGCGGGGACGCGCCGAUGGAACGCUGUGACGUUUCGACGCUCAAGUCAAGUGCUGUCUCCCCGCCACGCCUCGAGUUAAAUUUUUUUAAUUUUCUUUUCUUUCUUUUUUGUUUUUGUUUUUUUUACCUCGGGAACGACGUCGCUGUUAUGUCAGAAGACGCAUCCAGUAGGAUAGGGAUGGCGGGGUGAUUGCAGAGUUUGCAGCAUAAGACCCACAGAUAUGAAUUUCAAGUCUAGAAACACCAGCAUGCUGUAGCAGCCCAGCUAAGCGACGUGUCUACGUGGCGGCCAUAUUGGUGACUUUUUAAACGAUUUUCAUGGAGUUUACUUUUUUGGCAACGUCAACGCAUGUGCUAUUGUCACAGAAUUAUUAUUUUUUUUAAAAGCCCCAAAAUAUUCUUACCUAUGAACGGUUAUGUAGUUCCCUUGUACGGCAUUGUGUGCAGCACAAUGUGCAGACAUCCGUUAUUUUGGUUUUUGUGCCAUCCACAAACAUGGAAUCCGCCGACACUUUUCCCCCACUGGUUUAGCGUCACCUGACGACACGCAGACACGGGCCGUGUCAUAUCUACUAUUGUUCAUAUCUACGAAUAGACCAACCAGCGGCGAAAGCAUCCAACUUCCUAGUAGGCUGCUGGUAGGAAAUGGGCGCUUUAUAAAUGUUAUUUUUUUAUAUUAAAUAUGUUUCAACCAAGUACUGUAUGGUUAUACACUUUUCUAGCAUGUUUAAACAUGAUAUGCGGUUAAAAAAAUAAAUAAUCUGUCAAAUUUUAGGGGUGAGAUUUGAGUUAAUGGGCUAGAAACUCCUCUGAGCAAAUAUCACAUUUGCAGUGAAUUUUCAUUGAGUUAUGUUUUUGUUUUUUGCGUGAAAUUCAUGUUUUGUUGGUUUGUUCUUUGAGCACACUGAUUUUGUAUGUAACUGAUGCGUGUUUCAUUUUGUGCACUAAUAAAAUCUACCUGGUUUGAAUUAAAAAAAAAAAAAAAAAAAAAAUCACAUUUUAUUUUUCCAGUUAAGAAGGAUUCGGUAAAUGUGCGUAUGAAACCUGAGGGAUUCAUUACCUCCAACAAGUUAAAGAACCACUGAUUUAGAGUCUUAAGUGAACCUAACAGGCAUGUUUUUGGAAUGUGUGAGGAAGGUGGAAUACUUGGCCAAGAAGGCAGGAGCCAUGAUUCAAACCUUGAAGCUCAAAAUGUUGAGGCAGAUAUUCUAACCACUGGUCAGUUGUGCUGCCGUGCUCAGCCCUAUGAGCAAUACAAAUAUCAGUGUUAAGCACAAAGUGAUUUGGUAAUUUAAAUUAAUUACCAGGCAGAUGCCAUGAUAAUUAUACAAAUACAUAAGCAGUGC